AUGUCUUCUCUUGGUCACCUUCAAGUUCUUGUUUUUCUUUGUGCUCUGCUCUUUUACUCAGCUGAUUCUCGCAAACCUCAGUUGCUUCAUGAUAUUGGAUCUGAAGAUGGGGCAAAAGGCACAAGAUGGGCUGUUCUAGUUGCUGGAUCAAAGAGUUAUUAUAACUACAGGCAUCAGGCUGACAUAUGCCAUGCAUAUCAGGUGCUGCGAAAAGGCGGUCUAAAAGAUGAAAACAUUAUUGUGUUUAUGUAUGAUGAUAUCGCAUUUAACCCAGAGAAUCCCAGGCCUGGAGUUAUCAUCAAUAAACCUGAUGGUGGAGAUGUUUAUGAAGGAGUUCCUAAGGACUACACCGGAGAAGCUGUUAAUGUGAAGAACUUUUAUAAUGUGAUACUUGGAAACGAAAGUGGCAUCAGAGGGGGAAGUGGCAAAGUUGUGAAAAGUGGUCCUAAUGAUGAUAUCUUCAUCUACUAUGCUGACCAUGGAUCUCCUGGGUUACUAUCGAUGCCUGAUGGUGAAGAUGUCCAUGCAAAAGAUUUCAUUAAAGUCUUGGAGAAGAUGCAUAAUCUUAAAAGAUACAGGAAGAUGGUGAUUUAUGUUGAAGCAUGUGAAUCUGGUAGUAUCUUUGAAGGGAUUUUAAAGACAAAUCUCAGCAUAUUUGCAGUAACUGCUUCUAAUGCGUCAGAGAACAGUUAUGGAAUCUACUGUGGUGGUGAUUAUCCUUCUCCUCCUCCUGAAUAUCAUGGUGUGUGUCUCGGCGAUGUAUUUAGCGUCUCUUGGCUUGAGGACAGUGAGCGUCAUGACAUGAGCAAAGAGACUUUGAAACAGCAAUACCAAGUUGUAAAGAGAAGAACAGGUUCUGAUGCUGAUCCAGAGAUGAGUUCUCAUGUCAGCUAUUUCGGAUCAGAGGAGCUUCUUAAAGACUAUCUUGUCUCUUACAUUGGAACCAAUCCUAAAAACGAAAACUUCACUUCCGCUGGAUUCACUGCUUCACCAAUCUCUACUUCAAGUUUGGUUAAUACUCGUGAUAUCCCUUUGUUAUAUCUCCAGAGCAAGAUUCAAAUAUCUCCAAUCGGGUCACCUGAAAUACAAGAACUUCAGAAGAAGCUGUUUGAAGAAAUGAAUCAUAGGAAACAAAUCGAUCAGAACAUUAUAGAGAUUCUAAGACUUUCCCUUAAACAAACCAAUGUCUUAAACCUCUUAACUUCCACAAGAACAACAGGACAACCUCUUGUAGACGACUGGGACUGCUUCAAGACACUGGUUAAUAGCUUCAAGAAUCAUUGCGUAGCAACGAUGGAUUACGGUUUGAAGUAUACAGGAGCGCUUGCCAAUAUCUGCAAUAUAGGAGUGGAUGUGAAGCAAACUGUUUCAGCUAUUGAACAAGCUUAUUUCAUCGUACGUCUCAAGAACCAGGAAAAGAGACGAAGCAGAAGAUCAGAUAAGAACCUAAAGGACAGUCUUCUCUCAGGGGAAUUAUCUGAUGGUAGGAGACGAGCCAGAGACCAAAACGGUGUCCCCAGAGGGCAUCUUGCGGUCUAUGUAGGGGAUGAGAUGCAGAGGUUUGUUAUACCAACCAAGUAUCUUCAGUACCCUGAAUUUAAGGUUUUGAUGGAUGAAGUAGCUGAUGAGUUUGGUUAUGAACAUGAAGGAGGGAUUCAUAUUCCUUGUGAGGAAAGUGUUUUUGAAGAGAUUUUGAUUAGAUACAUGUCUUGUGACAAGAAGAAAUAA